AUGAGAAAGAGCGCGAUCCAAAGAGAACCGGCUGGACGUCUCCUCCACCGACACGGGCUCACGUCUGUCCGACUUGGGUACAUUCCUCCCGGCUGCGCACAUCCACCACCAACGCGAAUGAGAGGCACCUUCACUCACAACCAUAAAGUCCCCAGCCCGUGCGUAAAGGAUGUCCGAGGUGGGUGCGCCUGUCCCCGGUGUGUGGACUGCAGACUGGAGUGCGUGGAGAUAGUGCUGCUGUCCACACGGUCCACAUGGCUCUGGUUAGAAGACACGCGCCAUCUAGCGGCGACUGUAGGAACGGGCGCUUCGAAGUGA